AUGAUUCUGAUCGUCAACUACUCGGAGCCGGAAAAGGAGCAGGACAUUUUUUCCCAUGAAAUUUCGAGAAGCGCCGCGGGCCAGAUCGGGCCCGAGGGCCAUAGGUCGAGCACCCUUGUUGUAGAUGGACCCUCAAGCCUCAAGCGGGCGUCUUUCGCAGUGGAAGGGGGCGGGGGAGGCGCCUCCCACUUCAGCUUUCAUGAGCAACCAUAUUGCAGAUCUAUUCCAGUAAUGGCAGAAAGAUCUCCUACAACAUCUCGUCCCAAGGACUCCUCCAUGGACCAUCCUACUUCAUCCGCUAAGUAUGCGGUUUUUAGUUUCACCAAGAAGUGGAUAUACUUCACAUCCAGAGACAAGAGUAUCAUCGUCAUGGUGAGCGAAAACAUGAGUGACGGAGGGCACCCCUUGAAGAUCAAAGGGAACAAGGAAGAAUACCCGGGCAACAAGGCUGCGAAACCCCACAAGAAUCCAAGCAACAUCGAGCUGGAGUUUGACGGCAGGAUGGACACCGUGGCAUUCCCUGUCACACGGAUCUGUACGAAGACCAAGAUCACCAAGCUCAUCAUUGGAGAGUAUAUGAAGGAAAGGACAAUUUCGUGUUUGGUACAGGGGAUCAACUUAAUGAUUUCGAACGUCAGAGAUGGAAUUGAAUGUGAAUCGGGCCAACGCCAAGGAGAUGGAAGCCACAGGAUCAACGCCAUUAUGAUACAAACCCAGGCCUAUCACGGCAUUCUACGUCUUCUGAAUCGGGAUCAGAACUGCAGUCCACUGAAGACCACACGAGAAGUGUGCGGAAAAGGUCUUGGCUGGCAGAGAGCACCCAACAGCGGCGGAAGAAAACGAAAACGCCACCAGGUGAAGCAGUUCUGA